AUGGAUAAUAAGCCCUUUGAAGUCCCUGGGAGAUUCAAUUCUGCCGAGGAGUAUUUCAAAUCUCGCGAAGCCUUGAUUAGCGCCGAGCUGAAGCUAGGAUACGAAGGCAGGGCCGAAAGGAACCCUGUGGAAGUAGAAGUAGAAAAGAUUGUGCAGCAUAUCAAAUCAUGGGAGGAGCGCCACCAUUACGGCGUUCAUGAUGAUGGAUCGGGCUAUGAGGCUGGCCAUCGCUUCCUUCACACUCGCGACGCCAUUGAGAAAAGUCGGCUCUAUGAAAUCGCGCGCAAGGCACCGAAGGGUGCGCUUCUGCAUUGCCAUUUCGACUCGAUGAUCUCACCAUACCUCUUGCUUGAUGACGCUCGGAAACAAAGCAGACUUUACAUCAAGUGUGAUGUGCCCCUGGUAUCAGAAGGGCUUUUUGCUUCUGCGCUACCUCUAUUCAGUGUUCAACCUGACGAUCGCGGCGGCCUCACAGAGACUGAAAAUGUUUUCAGCCGAAAUUAUGUUGCCGGAUCUUGGAUGGAAUAUUCUGAGUUUUUAAGGCUCUUUCCCGGUGGGCUUGAAAGGGCAGAGGCGUGGAUCACCAAGCGAAUGGUCUUGGGGCCUCUGGACGCGUAUCAUCCCUCUCAAACAGUCAAUGGCAUCUGGAAGAAGUUCAUUCGGUCCAUAUCCGUGGCGCGCUCCCUGCUAUGUUACGAGACGGCAUACCGAGAGAAUUUCCGCCGCAUUCUUUGGCUAUGUGCAAGAGAAGGUAUCAUUUAUGUAGAGAUACGCGUUGCCCUCGGCUACAUGUUCACCAUUAGCAGUGAUGAUGGCACACGGCAGCAUAGUCAAAGCGAUAUGAUGCAAAUGUUCGUCGAUAUCCUCGAGGAAGAGGUGCCGAAGAUCCGGUCCGCAGGCUUUACGUUUUAUGGCGCAAAAGUCAUAUACGGCUGCUUGCGCUCGGCCGAUAAAGAGGCCAUGCAAUGGUGCAUGGACAACUGCCUAGAGUUGAAAAAGAAGUUUCCGGGCUUGAUCUGCGGUAGGGUCUCUCAUAUGCGUUACCUAGGGGAUAUAGGAUUCGAUAUGCAAGGCCAGGAGGACAAUGGCCACUCGUUGGCAUUUUUUAUUCCAGAGCUGCUCGCUAUGCGCUCCAAAGCUGACUCGAUGGGACUAGAUCUUCCAUUCAUUUUCCACGCAGGCGAGACCCUGGAUCAUGGAGGCGAGACCGACUCUAAUCUAUACGACGCCAUCUUGCUGGGUACAAAGCGCAUUGGUCAUGGCUUUAGUAUCGCUAAGCACCCCCUAUUGAUGCAGCUGUGUAAGGAGAGAAACAUUGCUAUCGAGACUUGUCCUAUCUCCAAUGAGAUUCUGGGCCUUUGCCCAACGACCAAGGCACACCACCUCCCCAUCCUACUAUCAAACUGCGUUCCGUGCACAAUCAAUUCCGAUGAUCCGGGUUCUUGGAGGUAA